UAAUAGAUUCAAGAAUUUCAGAAAUAAAUGAUGAAGAACAAGAACAAGAAGAUCAAAAUCAAUAUAAAUUUCAUUCACCAAUAGAUGAAGAUUUUGAUUUAGAUACAUUUAAUGAAUUAUUUGAAACAAAAGAAUCACAAUUAGACAUUAGUGAACAACAUAAACAAGCUUAUCUAGAAAAACUCAAAAAACAAAAAACUCAAAUUGUUUCAUCAAAAUCGAAAAUAUCUAUUGAUGAAAAUUCUCUGCAAUUAUCAAUUAAUCUAGAUGAUUUUCAUGAACAACAAGAAAUAAAACAAGAUCAAACACAUGUUAUUGAACAAUUCUAUCCAGAUGCUUCAAUACUUGGAUCUCAACUUCUUUUACCUUAUAUUUCUGAUAAUCAAAAACGAUUAUUUAUUGAAUUAGAUUUUGCUGAAGAACAAAAUAUUGAAGAUUAUUAUUAUUAUAAACAAGAUCAACGAGAAUAUAUUACACAAUAA